AAUUGCUGAACAAAUAGCACUAGCUCAAGUUUGUAAAUUUGCAGGGGGUCAAGAUGUAACAUACUGAUAUGUCAUAUGUAUUUGGUGUCCGUCAAGCGUUUUUUUUUUUUAGUUAUUUGUGCAUAUUAGUUGUGGAGGUGCAUUGAAAAAUGGGAUGGAGAUCGUGGAUUUGGUAGACGUUUCAUUGUCCUUACCACCAGAGAGAUACGGUGCGAUGGAACUAGCAAACCAUAAGCACCGACUGAUAAAUGUUCUCCUCUCUUCUCAGAGACAACUGGGUGGCAGCCCUCGCUGGGGUGCUGUUUACUAUGACAGCUGAGCCAAGGAGGGACGCACCUCUUGUGUGCUGGAUUACACAACUUGAGCCUGAAUGCCCUGCAAUGCGGAGUGCGAACAGGCCAGGCUGCGCUGCGGGAGUGGGAGUGCGAGGCCGACGCCUAGCAGCUGCCGCGCGUGCUGUUGACCCAACCGAGAAUUUCCGAAAUCGCUUGGGUCAUCUGACCAGGGCAGUCACAGACGCGAGCUGCAGCUCAGCCACUUCCUUAAUGUACUGCACAUCGCUCUAUCAGUCUGCUUCACUCUAAUGUGCUUUCUCCCAGUGGUCCUUCUGUUUGCCGAAAGGAAUCAGUCAGUCACUGUUUACAUUCUGGAAAAUUAUUCACAGUAGACCAGUUUUCAUCCACACGGGAACAGCAUAUGCGUUUUUAACCAGAGCUCUGAACCGUGGUUUGUGCGGCACCCAUGGAGGUAGACUUGGAUGGUCUGUUCCUACACAACAGUACAUUUGAUUAUGGAGACUAUCAUUACAAAGGAGAUGACCUCCAGCCCUGCAGCCACCUGAAGUUUCAGGCAGUGUUCAUCCCGGUUCUGUACUCCCUGGCGCUGGUGGUUGGCCUGCUGGGGAACGGGCUGGUCCUGGGAGUUCUGUUCCAGCUGCGGCGGAUCUGGAGCGUGACCGACACCUUCAUCCUGCACCUGGCCGUGGCCGACAUUCUGCUGCUGCUCACUCUGCCCUUCUGGGCUGUGGAGGCCACCCAGGGCUGGAUCUUUGGCACCGAGCUCUGCAAGCUGAUGGGAGCCCUCUUCAAGAUAAACUUCUACAGCGGGAUCUUCCUGCUGGCCUGCAUCAGUCUGGAUCGCUACCUGUCCAUUGUGCACGCUGUACAAAUGUACUCUCGCCGCAAGCCCUGGGCAGUGCAGGCCAGCUGCCUGUUCGUCUGGCUGUUCUGCCUCCUGCUCUCCAUCCCCGACUGGGUCUUUCUACAGACGGUGAGCAAUCCGAGGAGAGGGGGAAGAUUAGAGUGCGCUCACAACUUCGACACCAGAGCCCAAGACUGGCGCUUGGCCUCCCGACUGUCCCACCUCACCAUCGGCUUCCUCCUGCCCUCGGUGGUCGCGGUCUUCUGCUGCUCCCGCAUGCUGCCACGGCUCCAGCAGGGUUCCCCGGGGCUGCGGAAGGCCAGCAGGCUGAUCUUGGCACUGGUGGCUCUCUUCCUCGUCAGCUGGACGCCGUAUAACUUCGCCCUGUUAGCGGACACCGUCCGAUCGAGCGCAGAGAGCAAAAUGGGCGGUGCCUGUGAGGAGAGAGCAGCCGCCGACGUCUCUCUGGUGGUCACUGCUGCCCUAGGCUGCCUGUCUUGCUGUCUGAAGCCUGUGCUCUACGCCUGCCUUUGCGUCAACUUCCGGCGGCACCUGACGGACAAGCUGAGAUGCCGACGCGGUGCAGCUGCCGACCGGGAUUUGCCAAUUUGGGAUGAGCCAGCGCCGCCUACACCUGGGCAAUCUGAGGAACAUGACAAUGUGUGUCCCAUGGAAACAGUUAAACAAAAUCUGAACUUGGUUGACAGAGUAGAGAACCAGUUGUGAUGCAUUUAUUAUCUCAUUCAAGAAACAAUUUGAAAGAAAGAAAGAAAUCAAUCAAUCAACCAAUUAAUAUUAAUACAGUAUGCUGUAGUUUAUUAUCUCAACCCAGCUUGUCUUUAGUCAUAUAUUAAAUUGGGUGGCAAUGCAGAAUGGUUUGGAAACUGGACUUGUAACUAUAUAUAUAUAUAUAUUUUUUUUUAAACCAAGAAUAAGUUGUUCAUACUUCGUUAUACAUUUUAACUUUUGUACACAAAAUUUAACUAUUUAUUGCAAUUUGUAUUUUAAUUUGUGUAAAUAAUAUUUAGAAUGUGCACUUGGUUUUUGUAAAAAUAAAAAAAAAUAAAAAUUCUCCUGCCAAAAAGAAAAAAUAAAUGUUGCUGCUCUGCCAAAAAGUGACUUGUAUUGGAAAAUGAAAGAAAUCCUUAAUCUUCCACUUGGAACACAUUGCUACAUAUGUAUGACUAAACAGCUCAAGCUAAUGUUAUUAUUAAUAUUAGGAAGUAUAUAUCGUUUCACAGGUUCUUUUUUAAUAUAUAAUGAUGCGCAGACAGUC